AAAGUUUUUUUGUUUAGAAAAACGUUAUCUUGGAACUCAUAAACAUUUUGCACAAUAAAAAUUUAUUCUUUCGUUUAUUAAAAGUUCUCGGAAAUACUUAAGUCGCCAUCUCCUGAUCAAAAUCUCAGAUCAUGGAUAAAACAUCUGAUCGGUAAAACAGCAUCGAAACAUAUGGCGCGUCUACAGUAACGCUACUCAACAAGGAAUGUGUGAUUUUAUUCUUGACACGUCGACAUAUGUGCAGACGAAUAUUCGACAAAAUAUUAAAUAAAUAUAAUGACUUUAAACUCAUGUGUCAGUAAUAAUCUAUGCAGUUACAAGUAAAUAACAAUGUUGAAUAAUCUAGUCUAAUUAAAAUCCUAGGAAUCUUCUUAGAUCAAACGUUAUUUCAAGUAUCAGAGUAGAAACUUGAUAUGUCACUUUAUAAUACUUUGCAUAGAAUCAUUUUAACAGUUUCUUAGAAUAUUCUAAUUAACACAGUGCGAUUAACGAGCGAUGUACUAAAUGAGAUUUAAAGCGAGCGAAUUAACUUUGCGUCCAAAGCUGAUGACAAUUUUGUUUAAGAAUGAUGCUCAUUCGACAUGACAUUCUAUGCUAUUUUAAUAUUUUAUUUAUCAUCUCUGCUUUUACUGGGACGUUGUCCCAAGAUUUGUCAAAUGAUCAGGAAAAAUCAAUUCACUUACCUGAUACAAAAUUUGAUAUUAAUGAGUAUUCUGAGUAUUCAGACAAUGCAGAUAGAAAGGUAGGACCUUUAGCACCUCAAUGGAAUCCAACACUUCCUUCCAAUCGUAAUAUGCAGUUACUAAAUGUUAAUACAAUCGAUAGCGAAAUAUCUACACAAUCUUCAGAAGUAUUAGAUCCAAAUAUAGAAUGGGAUUCUCAAUGGGGAUCCGAUUUGAAUUUAAGACAAAUAUCAUCAGUGUCGUUGCAUCCUAAUGGAAACAUAGUAUUGUUCCAUAGAGGAAAUAGAAGUUGGGACCAAGAUACAUUUGAUAAUGAAAAUAAAUUUGAUCCUAAUAAAGGUCCGAUAAGACAAAACACUAUCUUACUUAUGGAUAAAAGUGGGAAAAAAUUAUUGCAAUGGGGUAAAAAUAUGUUUUAUUUACCUCAUGGAUUGACAAUAGACUUCGAAGGAAAUUACUGGAUUACAGAUGUUGCCUUACAUCAAGUAUUGAAAUUUGAUGCUAACGAUAUAAAGGCAUGCUGGAAUGAAUUAAAAAGAGAACAAUACAAUACAGAAUUUGUACAAAUUGAUAUGCAUGAUCGAGCUGCCUUAUUUAAACACAGUAUUAUAAAACCAUCUCUAAUUCUUGGAGAAGCUUUUGAACCUGGUAACGAUAAAACAAGAUUUUGUAAACCAACAGCAGUUGCUGUACAAUUAAAUGGAGAUUUCUUUGUCAGCGAUGGUUAUUGUAAUUCUAGAAUUAUUAAGUUUAACAAGAAAGGUGAACAAAUCUUACAAUGGGGUCGUCAUUGGGGAGGUAUGAAUUAUCUACAACCACCACCGCCUAGUGCAUUCUUUUUACCACAUGCAUUAGCUCUAGCACAUAACCUUGAUUACAUUUUUGUUGUCGAUAGAGAAAAUGGUAGAGUUUCUUGUUUUUUUGCUAGUAAUGGCACAUUCCAUAAACAGUACAAGCAUUCCAAUAUUGGUACAAAAAUCUACAGUGCUGCAUACGCACAAGAAAAACUUUACUUGAUCAAUGGACCUGAUCCAGUUUAUCUGAAUGAGCAUAUACAUGGUUCUAUUGUAGACAUCAAUACAGGGAAUAUAUUAUCACAGUUUGCACCUACGCAAAGAUUUCUAAGACCACAUGACAUAGCUGUAAGCAAUGAUGGAUCAGAAAUUUACAUUGUAGAUUUAGACACAUUCAAGAUAUAUAAGUUUUUACAAAAAUCAACAGCCAGUGUUAAAACAGAAAAUUCUACACAUUCAUCGACUCAUCAUCUAACCGCACCUUUAACUGAUACAAAUUCUGAAGAAUUGUCUAAUUCAAAAACUACUAUGGCAACUUUAAUAUUAUCUCUUGUUACAACUACUGUUAUUCUUAUCACAGUUUGUGUGGCUACCGCUGCUGUUAUAGCGAGGUGUCAAAAAAGAGGAUGUUUAUUAAUGAUGCGUAAAAGAAUGCAUUGGGAAGCAGAAAGAAGAGAAAACUUUAAACUUUCCAACUUACUUGAAAAACGAAGAGGCAAAGGUUUCAAAUUUUCCGAUAAACGUCCCAACAAACGUGACUUCAGUAAAUUGAAUACUGAACCAGAAACUUCAGAUGAGGAACGUCCUGAACAUAGUUUAAACAUGAUGAUUUAAAUACGUGAACAAACACAAAAUAACCUUACUCGAAAGUAAUAUAUAUAUUAAAAAUGUAUAUGACAUUGAAAAGCAAAAGAGAAACAAAAUGGACGUUCUUGAUAUUACGUUAAUCAAUUAUACGUUAAUCAAACGACGUAAUGCACAUUAACCAAAUUUUGAAUUUAAACAUAAAAUUUCAUAUAAUUCUAACAUCAAUAAUUUUUAAACGAUAUCAACGUAAAAAAAAUUCAUACGAUAAUAUAAUCGAUAAAAAUUAAAUUCAAAAUACUUACUUGGUUCAGCGAGAAAAGACAGUUCUUGAUCGAAUGAAAUAAAUUGAUUCGUUAGAAAGCGAGGCAGUUAAUUGACUAAUCAGCGAUUGCCAAUUAAUAAGCAGUUUUCAUACUGCUCUUCUGAUUGGUCGAUUUUUUUUAAAAGAACCAAUAUUACUUGCACAUAUGUGAUUUAAAAACCGUUGGAACAUUGUGUGUUGGAGUUUCAAACGACCGAUUGUGUUUGCAUCGAAAUUGUUCGAAUUAAAAGGUAAUCAAA